AUGAGUCAGCGCCAAAAAGGAAAACUGAAUGAGCGAUUGAUGGUCGACUUUCAUGUCCAGAGUGGCGGCGGGUGGUUUUGGAAACGAGACCGGGAAAAUGUGGUCCGUAUGACCGUCGACGAUCUCAUCUGCGGUAACACUACAACCUUGACAAAACAUAUUGGAUACAUCGUAGAGGCAUCCAAAGAUCCACGACAACGUGAACGAGAGCAAGCAAAGAACCUUGACCUUGUCGGUUUUGUGGAUAUGGAGAAACUGAAAACGGACGACUCUUAUGCAGUUGAAAUUCUUGAGCUUGUGGAGACUUGUGACAGCAAAAUCACUCUCGACGUGAUGCGCAAAGUGAUCAUCUCGGUGGGUGGUGUACGGAAGCUCUCUACAGAUCCAUCAGAGGAGGAUCGCGUGAUUGUAGACAAGGCUGUUUUCAAACGAUGGUGCCGCGCCCAUCAUCCCCUACGACCAGUCUAUUUCAAGGGUGUCGACUUCCUCGUGCAUUUUGCUGCUAGACUUCGUCCGAAAUGUUGUUUGGACGGGGAAAAGAAGUGUGAAAUCACCUGGAUCAUCAUCAUCUUCAUCAUCAUUCGCCACCUGGAAAAGCACCCUGAUGCAACACUACUCGACGAAUCCACAUCCCUGAAUGACAAGCGGCAGAGAUUGAUUUGA